UUAAAAAUGGAUAUAAUUAAGAGGUAUUGUUGGAUAUUAGUGAUUUUAUUCUUCUUAAAAGAGAGUUGUGAUGGCUGUUUAGAGGAAGAAAGAGUUGCACUCUUGCAAAUAAAGUCUUCCUUCGAUUCUUUUUUUUUUGAUUAUUAUUGGAGGAUAGAUAGUGUUGCCUGUUGUAAUUGGACAGGCAUUGAGUGCGAUGAAAUUACUAGUCGAGUUACACAUCUCUACCUUUCAGAUAUUCUUGCUCAUCAUUCUUCACAGAAUGAUUUUUACCUAAAUGCCUCUUUGUUUCUUCCAUUCCAACAAUUGAAGUAUCUUGAUUUAUUUGGAAAUCGUAUAGCUGGUUGCGUUAAGAAUGAAGGUUUUGAAAGGUUAUCAACACUUUCCAAUUUGGAACUCCUUGAUUUGGGAUAUAAUCGAUUUAACAAUACUAUCUUAUCAUCGCUGAGUGGUCUUUCAUCUUUGAAAUACUUAUAUCUCUUUUCCAAUAGAUUGGAAGGAAUAAUUAAAAUGCCAGAAUUAAAUAAUUUGAUAGAAUUGGAUAUGAGUAGCAAUGAAAUCAAAGGCUUCAAUUCUUACCAUGGGCUUUCAUCUCUCAAAAAGCUGCAUAUAGGAGACAACCAGUUGGAAAGAGCAUUCGAUUUGAAAGGGUCCUAUAAUUUCACUAAUUUGGAAGAGCUGUACCUGGAUUCUUCUAUUAAUGUGGAUGAAAACUUCCUUCGUCUUUGCAAUUGGAAGUUUCUGCAAGAGCUAGAUAUUAAUUUCACAAUAUUCUCAAGUGGUAGUUUGCCAUGGUGUCUAGCAAAUUUGACAUCCCUCAAAAAAUUUCUCUCUCUUCCAAUAAUUACUUUAUUGGAGACAUUGUUCAUCUCCUCUUACAUUGCUUCAUCUCCUCUUAGGAGAUUAACAUCCCUUGAAUAUCUAAAUAUCUUUGAUAAUCUCUUCCAAAUCCCAAUCUCACUCUCUCUAUUUUUCAACCAUUCAAAUCUCAAUUUUUUGGAUUGUCGACAUAACACCAUAUAUGCCAUAACAGAGGCUCAUAAUUUCACUCCAAAGUUUCAGUUAGAGACUCUCCGCUUGUCUGGCCAUGGAUAUGGUAGUGUAGAAAUUCCCAAGUUCCUCUAUCAUCAGUAUAAUCUGCAAUUUGUUGAUCUAUCAAACAAUAAAAUAAGAGGAGAGUUUCCAUUUUGGUUAUUAGGCAACAACACAAAACUAAGGGCACUUAAUUUGGCCAACAAUUCUCUUUUAGGGUCAUUCCAGUUACCUAUUCAUUCUCCUCCGAAUUUGUUCUUCUUGGAUAUUUCUGACAAUAGUCUGUAUGGAUCCAUCCCAAAAAAAAUUGGGACACAUUUGUCAAGAUUAGUGCAAUUAAACAUGAGUGGAAAUGGUUUGAAUGGGAAUAUUCCCCCUUCAUUUGGAAAUAUGAGCUUUUUGGCAUAUUUGGACUUAUCUGACAAUAGAUUGUCAGGAAGUAUACCUGAGCAAUUGACCAUAGGUUGUAUCUCAUUAUAUAAACUCAAACUUUCAAAGAACACUUUGCAAGGACAGAUAUUUUCCAAAAAUGUUAAUUUGAAAUUUCUUGAAUGGUUACAAUUAGAUGGCAAUCUGUUCAAUGGAAAUAUACCAAAUUCAAUGGAAAUAUACCAAAUAGUUUCAUCCCAAAAUGGAUGGGAAAUAUGUCAAAUUCACUUGUCAAAAAAUAAACUGCAAGGAUCUUUGAGUGAUGUAUUUAAUGGUGACUCUUCAUUACUUACGUUAGAUCUUAGCCAUAAUAACUUAAUAGGAAAAAUUCCAAUGAGGAUUGCCAACAAUUCUAAAUUGAGGUACAUUCAGUUAAGAAGUAAUCAUUUGGAGGGUGGAAUUCCAACUCAAUUAUGCAACUUGUAUAACUUAAGCUUCAUUGAUCUCUCUCAUAAUAAUCUUUCUGGUCAUAUUCUCCCUUGUCUGAGACUUAGUAGUGCUUGGUCUAAAGGACCUGCAAAUAAAACCCUUUUAUCGAUGGCUCUUCCUCCCGACUCACAACCUUUGGAGUUUACAAACAAGAAUGGAUUCUAUUCUUAUCAACCAAGCACACUCCAAUAUUUUUCGGGGAUUGAUCUUUCUUGUAAUAAUUUAUCUGGAGAGAUUCCAUUUGAAAUUGGAGAUCUUGAUACAAUUCAAAUGUUAAAUCUAUCACACAAUAGUUUGACCGGAUCAAUUCCACAAACAUUUUCAAAUUUGUUCCACAAACAUUUUCAAAAUUUGAGGCAAAUGGGUUCAUCGGACAUGAUAUUUUUCUAUGUGAGCUUUGUGGUAUCUUACAUCAUAGUUUUGUUGGGAAUAAUUGCAGUUUUAUAUAUAAAUCCAUAUUGGCGACAAGCUUGGUUUUACUAUGUAGAAUUGAUAUCCACCAAUUGUUAUUACUUUCUUGUUGACAAUAUUCCUUACUUAUUUAAGUUUGGAGUUUCAUAAGAUUGUAUAUUAUGUUUCUACACUGUCUAUGGUUCAUAA